AUGUCCGGCUACAACAACCAGUACAACCAGGGCUACGGCUACAACCAGGGUGGUUAUCCCCCGCAGCAGGGUGGUUACUCCCAGGGUGGCUACGGUCAGUCCCAGGGUGGUAGCGCCAACGAUUACUACGGCGGACAGCAGCCUCAGCAUCACCAGCAGCACGGAUACAACCAGUAUGACCAGAGCCAGCAGGGUUAUGGUCAGCAGCAGCAGUAUGGUCAGCAACAAUACGGUCAGCAAGGUCAUGAUCAACAGGCUCCCGGUGAAGCCCAGGAGGGCGAGCGUGGACUGAUGGGCGCUUUGGCCGGUGGUGCAGCGGGCGGUUUCGCCGGUCACAAGGCCAACCACGGCUUCCUCGGAACCAUUGGCGGUGCCAUCAUGGGAAGCAUUGCGGAAGAUGCCAUCAAGAAGCACAAGAACAAGAACGAGGGUCCCCCCGAAUACGGCAGCAACUAUGGCGGCAGCCAGUAUGGCGGCCCUCCUCCCUCCCACGGAGGCUCUAACAACGGCAUGAUGGACCAGCUGGGCAGCUUCUUCAAGAAAUAA